AGAUAGAUCUUACAGGUCUCAGCCUGUAGACAUCUUUUACUCCAAUUUCCUGAAUAGAUAGUUUUAUUCCUUCAAGGUAAUAUAGCGCGGUGGCUUCUGGCUGAGAUGUUUGCUGUUGUUUUCUUCAUCUUGUCUUUGAUGACUUGUCAGCCUGGGGUAACUGCACAGGAGAAGGUGAACCAGAGAGUAAGACGGGCAGCCACACCCGCAGCAGUUACCUGCCAGCUGAGCAACUGGUCAGAGUGGACGGAUUGCUUUCCAUGCCAGGACAAAAGGUACCGAUACCGGAGCCUCUUGCAGCCAAACAAGUUUGGGGGAACCAUCUGCAGUGGUGAUGUCUGGGAUCAAGCCAGCUGCUCCAGUUCUACACCUUGUAUAAGGCAAGCACGGUGUGGACAGGAUUUCCAGUGUAAGGAGACAGGUCGCUGCCUGAAACGCCACCUCGUGUGCAAUGGAGACCAGGACUGCCUUGAUGGCUCUGAUGAGGACGACUGUGAAGAUGUCAGGGCCAUUGACGAAGACUGCAGCCAGUACGAACCAAUUCCAGGAUCACAGAAGGCAGCCUUGGGGUACAAUAUCCUGACCCAGGAAGAUGCUCAGAGUGUGUACGAUGCCACUUACUAUGGGGGCCAGUGUGAGACGGUAUACAAUGGGGAAUGGAGGGAGCUUCGAUAUGACCCCACGUGUGAACGUCUUUACUAUGGAGAUGAUGAGAAAUACUUUCGGAAACCCUACAACUUCCUGAAGUACCACUUUGAAGCCCUGGCAGAUACUGGAAUCUCCUCAGAGUUGUAUGACAAUGCAAAUGACCUUCUUUCUAAAGUUAGAAAAGACAAGUCUGACUCAUUUGGAGUGACCAUCGGCGUAGGCCCGGCCGACAGCUCUUUCAUGGUGGGUGUAGGUGUAUCCAAGUCAGAAGAUGCUUCAUUCUUGAAAGAAUUAAACAAGUAUAAUGAGAAGAAAUUCAUUUUCAUGAGAAUCUUCACAAAGGUGCAGACUGCCCAUUUUAAGAUGAGGAGGGACAACAUUAUGCUGGAUGAGGGAAUGCUGCAGUCAUUAAUGGAGCUUCCAGAUCAGUACAAUUAUGGCAUGUAUGCCAAGUUCAUCAAUGACUAUGGCACCCAUUACAUCACAUCUGGAUCCAUGGGUGGCACUUAUGAAUAUAUCCUGGUGAUUGACAAAGCAAAAAUGGAAUCUCUUGGUAUUACCAGCAGAGAUAUCAUGACAUGUUUUGGAGGCUCCUUGGGCAUUCAAUAUGAAGGUGGAAUAAAUGUUGAUGGAAGUUUAUCAGGAGACCAUUGUAAAAAAUUUGGAGAUGGCAAAACUGAAAGGGCCAGGAAGGCCAUGGCUGUGGAAGACAUCAUUUCUCGGGUACGAGGUGGCAGUUCUGGCUGGAGUGGUGGCUUGGCACAGAACAGGAGCACCAUUACAUACCGUUCCUGGGGGAGGUCAUUAAAGUAUAAUCCUGUUGUUAUCGAUUUUGAGAUGCAACCUAUUCAUGAGGUGCUGCGGCACACAAGCCUGGGGCCUCUGGAGGCCAAGCGCCAGAACCUGCGCCACGCCUUGGACCAGUAUCUGAUGGAAUUCAACGCCUGCCGAUGUGGGCCCUGCUUCAACAAUGGGGUGCCCAUCCUCGAGGGCACCAGCUGCAGGUGCCAGUGCCGCCUGGGUCGCCUGGGCCCUGCCUGUGAGCAAAUACAGACAGAAGGAGCCAAAGCAGAUGGGAGCUGGAGUUGCUGGAGCUCCUGGUCUGUGUGCAGAACAGGCACCCAGGAAAGGAGAAGAGAGUGUGACAAUCCCGCGCCUCAGAAUGGAGGGGCCUCGUGUCCAGGGCGGAAAGUACAAACGCAGGCUUGCUGAGGGCCUCUGAGCACAGGCUGGACCAGAUGCUGUGAAUCGCCCCUGCACUGACUAUUGGAUAAAGACUUCUUUCAACUGAGAGACAAUGAAAAUCAGCACACUUUUUUCUUUGUUCUGCCAGCUUCCAGGCCUAAGACUAGGUUUUGCUAUCUACAGCCAACUACUCUAUUACUUACAAAACUCAAUCAUUUUAUUCAGCAACUGGAUGUUGACUGUUAACUAGAAGCUCUGUCCUGCUCACAGCACCUUGGAUCAUCAAAAAAAUAAAGUAAAAUAGAAAACUGAGAAAACUUAAUCCAUGACCAGGGAGAACUUACAGAAUGUUAGAGACAAAGCAAGUAGACACCUGAAACAAUCAACGCCCAAUUAAACAAAGUAGGAUGAGAAUUCUCUUAGUUCUUUGAUAACAAUAUUUGUUCUUUCAUGGAAACAUUAUUAAUUGGUAGGGUAAGCAGACACUCUGAAAUAAUGAGAAAAAUAUUAAAAAUUGACUUGAGUUAUUUCAA